GUCGCCUCCUCCCUGGCCACCUCUGCGCUGCACGCACAGCGCGCUCAGCAGCUGCACGCACGCUCUCACGUCGUCCAGUGUUUGACGGAGAAGGGAGAAAAAAAAACAACCCUCCUUGAGGUUUUGACUGUGAGAGCAGAACGUGUGCGGCGGUAAUGGCUACCAGCGAGAGCGAGGAAGACAACAAAUGAACCCCAGAGAAAAAGAUUCAAAGUGAGGACUAGGAUGGUAAGCAGCCAGCCGAAGUACGAGCUGAUCCAGGAGGUGGGGCGUGGCAGUUACGGCGUGGUCUAUGAGGCGGUAGUGAAGUGCACAGGGAGCCGGGUGGCGGUGAAGAAGAUCCGCUGCCACUCUCCAGAGAAUGUGGAGCUGGCACUGCGGGAGUUCUGGGCCCUCAGCAGCAUCCAAAGCCAGCACCCAAACGUCAUCCACCUGGAGGAGUGCAUCCUGCAGCGGGACCAGCUGGCCCAGAGGAUGAACCAUGGCUCCAGCUCCCCGCUCUACCUGGAGCUGGUGGAGACGUCUCUGAAGGGCGAGAUCACAUUCGACCCGUGCUGUGCCUACUACUUGUGGUUCGUCAUGGACUUCUGCGACGGGGGAGACAUGAACGCCUACCUGCUGUCCCGCAAGCCCAGCCGCAAGACCAACACCAGCUUCAUGCUGCAGCUGGGCAGCGCCCUGGCCUUCCUUCACCGCAACCAGAUCAUACACCGCGACCUCAAACCGGACAACAUCCUCAUCUCCCAGGCCUGCACGCCGGCGGGUUCUUCCGAGCCCACCCUCAAAGUGGCCGACUUCGGCCUGAGCAAGGUCUGCUCCACCUCUGGGCUCAACCCAGAGGAGCCGGCCAGCAUCAACAAGUGCUUCCUGUCCACGGCAUGCGGAACGGACUUCUACAUGGCCCCGGAGGUGUGGGAGGGCCACUACACGGCCAAAGCGGACAUCUUCGCCCUGGGAGUGAUCAUCUGGGCCAUGGUGGAGCGCAUCACCUUUGUGGACGUGGAGACUCAGAAGGAGCUGCUGGGGAGCUACGUGCAGCAGGGCUCAGAGAUUGUACCCUUAGGGGAGGCCCUGUUGGAGAACCCGAAGAUGGAGCUGCUGAUCCCCGCCAGGAAAAAGAGCAUGAACAGCCACAUGAAGCAGCUGAUCAGGGAGAUGCUGUCGGCCAACCCUCAGGAACGGCCCGACGCCUUUGAACUGGAGCUCAGACUGGUCCGCAUCGCCUGCAGAGAGCUGGACUGGGACACGUGAUGGACGAGCAAACGGCACCACAGACUCACGCAUAUGUACACAUCUCAUUAGCUACUCUUAACCUAGAUCACAUAACGGGGGGGGGAGAGAUUAAUGUUUUUUUUAAACGAUUCGAGUCGUCCCUGUUUGUGUCAUGGCUUAACUUCAUUCACUGUCCAGGCACAUGCAGUCCUCUACGAGCUGCGUCUUUUAUACUGGAGGGGAAGAGGUUUGACACCCGCCGCUGCUGCCGCUGCUCCAAAUGGCAGCUUAGUCUCAGGCUAAUCACAUCACAGCUUCCUCUUCCUCCUCACAGAAUCACUCGAGCGUGCUCGAGGAGCAAAAUGACCCCCAAAACGUUCCGGAUUCAAUGAGAAGAGAAAGUCAAAAAGAGAAAAAAACGGAGACGGUUUGUCUACAAAUACCAUCCUGGACCCGGUGCUAACUUGUUACUAAAUGCAAUACGAGACAUUAUCCUGUGAUCAUUACGGCGUACAUUUAUCCAAAAGGGCCGACAUUAAAAACACAAUCGCGUCAAAGCGUUGAACGUUGGAAGGCGGUUAAUUUAGGAGGAGAGCUUAAACGAUAAUACUGCUUUAUUACAACUUGGUUGUUUUCAUAGUUUUAGCCAUAGUUACUAUUAUUAAUCACCUAUUCCAACAAUCGACUCGUUGGGAAAGAAAACCCUUUAAUUCACUGAGUAAGAUGUAGAAACAUGCUGGCUCUACGCGUUGUUUACACAGCUGUCUCUCUCUCUCUCUCUCCCUCUCUCUCUCUGACAAUCUCCAAAAAAAACAGCCAGCUCAGCCAAUCACCGGUAUAUUUUUCUUACAUUGUACCGACAAACACCUUCUAAUAUUUAGUCGGUUACCGUGGAUUUUGCUUGCUGAUAAGACGCCUGUCGCUGGCACCUUUUUUCUUAUCUGUAGCUAAUGUUAUCUAAUUAGCAUCAACACUGUGAGUUGGUUGAAAACUCUGUCACUUUUUGUCACUUGUGAGGGAUUAUUACCAACAUUCCUUCUGCUGCACUUAUUUUCCUUUUCGGCUCCAAAUAAACUUGCCCCAUUGUUGAUAGAAAUAAUGUGAAAACAAUACCAAAGUUGUAAUAAACCACAGUUAUCCCCGUUAAUCAAGAAAAUCCCAAACGACCGAGCCGCGUGCGACAAUAAAGCGAGCAGAUUGUCCUCAGUGACUCCCCCACACGUGGCAAACACAUCUCUAUGUUGCCUAAACAUAAAUUUAAUUAUCUCAAGGUUGAGCUGCAGUGACAUGAAUAUUCACAAUUGAGUCGAUUUAGACCUGAAUGAGUAUUAAAAAGAAAAAAGGUGAGUGAAUCUCCCUGAAAGCACUUAUUUAGUUCUUAUAUUUAUUCCUCAUAACUACCUGCUGCAUUAUACGGAGAGGCUCUGCAAGGCUGGAUUCGGUGUGAUAACUGCAUCGGUGUUUGUUUACCAGGCGAACACAAUGUCAGCCAACAGUCUACUUAUGCAUGCGGUGUCUCUCACCUUCAGGGAAGAAGCGAGAGAAGAUGCCAGCGCACACAAUACUCGACGAGCCAGAAGAUCUCUGCUUUUUUUUUUUUUAAACCGUUUGGAUACAUAAUACUGUUGUGUUUAACUUGAUCUCCUCUCACUGUCACCGCUCCUCGUUUCCUUGCGUUGGCUCUGGAUGUUUUAGUAAUCCCUUUCUUCAUGCUUCCGACAGGCUAAUUCUAAGCCUAUUAAGUUGUUGCAGCAACUUGGCAGAGGAUCACGCUCGGGACCUCUUUUGCCUUUUUUUUCUCCAGGGCGUAUAUAAUUUGUGCACUUAAACUAAUUUUUACAGGAACAUGUGAAAACCAAAACAAUCCUGGCCGUCUUUACUGCGAAGGAAAAAUUCAAUUAAUUUUCUUUCUUGUGGCCAAUAUUUACGUUAUUUUUUUUAUUUGCCUUAUUUCUGAAAUUCACCUGCUUUGAGUGGCCUCAUCGACGUCACACUCUGACACAGAUUUUGGCAGAAGUUGUGCUCGAGACGCGUCCGCUUUGAUAUGAAUAUCAAUACCACAAAUCAGUAUUUAACCCCCCGUCUUCACUGCAGGGCAUCAACGCUGCUUCGGACGAUGUAGCGUUCAAUCAAGACUGCAGUGUUUGUUUGUUUUUUUCUUUUUCUGUUUCACGAGCAGCAAAGUUUGGACCCAAAAUAGAUCACCCAUAAUCGCGGAGCUCCUAGCAGAGCGGAGGGUGAUGGGUAGAGUCAUUUCCGGCCAGACCGCUUCCUUCGACCACCCUUCUAGACGAGAGCGGGUGGGAGAUGUUUGGUUUCCUGUGUGAGACGUUUGCCAAACCCUUUGGUUUGUUGUAUAGAAUGAUUUUGCACAUGUGUAAAUACUGUACAGGGUCAACGUUUGACUGGGUGUGCUCUGUUUAAAACAGCCGGACUUGUUUUUCCUUCAGCUCUUAACUCUGCUCCGGUGAUGGAAGAGAUGUGAUCAAUACUGUCGGUGUGGUUUUUAAUUUGCCUAUUGUUUGUGUAUUUGUGUAAGCAAAGCUGGUAUGCAAAGUGGGUCAAAUCUGGACAUGGAUCAACCCUCACCCCCUUACCAGCCCUGAUCCAGGACCACCAAACAGCUGUGAUAUCUGCCUGAACUCGGAACACCCUGUGCAGCAUGCAAUCGAGAGGCCGCUUCCCCCUUUUUUAUUCAGUAUUCUUGCUAUUGCAGUUUCUGACCACCAGUGGCAGCAAUGAGCACAAUGAAAUAAGAAAGAAAUUUACACUUUUAUUGAUCCCAGUGGGGAAAUUAUUCUCUGCAUUGGACCCAUCCUUAGUUAUUAAGGAGCAGUGAAGCGCCCGGGGA